CAAACAUGCUCAAGCGACCGUCGACAGCGAGCGACUCGCUAGCAUGUAUGCAGCUAGCCCUACGGACUGCGCACCAAACCGUGCAUGCAAUGUCAUUCGAAGUAGAGUACACGUUGAGAUCGGAAGCAGCCAAAAAAUGCACAUACUACCGACAUUAUCGCAGGCUGUCCGGACUUGACAGCGCUUCCCGUUGCUAAUCGGCAGACGGGAGCACGCACUGCGCUUCCGCAUAUUUGCGAACGCGCGAUACUUGGAAGGGGAUUGUACGUCGCAGGCGCGUAAAUCAAGUAUCUGUCCUAUAAUACCCUUCCUCUCCAACCUGUGCUACCCCUCGUUGCUUUUCCUCUCCCGUGUCGCGUCGGUAUGGAAGCAUCUCUGAGCGACACGCGCUUCUACAAUGAACUCGUCGACAUGGUUAUCGACCACCUCCACGACGACAAGGCGAGCCUCAUCGCCUGCUCCCUGGUAUCCCGCACGUGGCGCAAUUCUGGUCAAUACCACCUCCUAGAGAGCGUCAUCUUGCUGGGAGUUACGUCGGAGAAGGGUCUCGAGGCGUUUUUAGCCCAGACCCAGCGGUCGCCGCGUAUACGCCACUACGUACGAGAGCUUCGCGUCCAUGGAGAAGGCUCGUGGUUCGGCAAGUACAACGCCACCGAGCUGCGCGAGCUUUGCCUCGGACCCAGGAACCUGCAAUCCCUCGCACAGAUGCCGGCGCUCCGCCGCCUGUUCCUCUAUGAUCUGCUUUGGGACUCACAUCGUGACGGACCCGAGAGUCUGUCGCUGAUCCGUGAGGCCGGAGUGUGCCGGGAGCUGGAGAAGCUUGUGCUCCAGCGCGUCACCUCAUCGCGGUUCCAGGACCCCGGGCAGAUUCACCACGGCAUUUACGCGCAGGACAUCCUCGACAUCCUCUCCUUCUUUUCCGAGAUCAAGGUGCUCUGCUUCGACACCCCACGCUUCGAGAUCGACGGUUGCGACGCACCGCUGCCCCAUGUCGAAGACAGCUUCCUCCAGCUGCAGUUUCCCCCGAGACUUCGCAUCGGCAGCAUCGUCGCUGACCCCGACGCCCUGGACAACGUCCGCUCGUCCAUGGCGUACAACAUGUUGGACCGCGUCUGCAGGUUGAAUGGCCUGCAUUCGUUCAGGGCGCGAAUCAAGCCCGGAGACAUCGAGGCUGUGUCCCACUUCGUCUCUAUGAGAGCGCAUUCCAUCCUUCACUACCAGCUAGACAUGUCUGCGUACCUUGCGCUAGCUCGCCUCGGCGCAAAGGAGACAUUCACGUCCCUCUAUCUGUCCUCGUGUCCCAACCUCGAGACCUUCGAGCUCCGCACGCCCUGCUACCCGCCCGACCGCCUCUGGCAGUACAUCCUCGUCGCGCUCUCCAAGCUGCCCGACACGGUGCGGCGCAUCUACGUCUGCGUCUACCUGACCUCGACGCUCCCGGAUAGCUUUGCGGACGCCUGCGCGGGGCUCGUCGACGCAGACCUCGCAUACAUGGAGCGUUUCCCGCGCCUCGAGGCCCUCGAAUUCGUACUCCAGCACCCGUCCAGCUCGGAUGCGGCGUACCCCUACCGCUUCGAGAAGUGCAAGCGCAUGAUCGAGGAGAUGGUGCCCGCCCCGCUGAAGCGCGGCGUCCUCAAGAUCGAGCCGUGCGAGUGCUUCUUGGUCCCGACGCCCGAGCCGCUGUGCUUGAGCG